AAAGUUUUCAUCGAAUAAGGCAGAUGUUACCAGACAAAACAAUAGCUCAACUAGUUAAGUAUUAUUAUCUCUGGAAGAAGACUAGACAGAGGAGUUCUCUUAUCGACCGUCAUGCAAGAAAGCAUACUGCCAAAUUACAGCAAGCCACUGAUGGAGUUUUGGCUGAUAGUAAUGGUGAUCGCUCAGAAGAAGAUGAAGAAGGUCGUGGAGGAGAGGAGACAAAAAAUUGCUCGAAUUGUACCAUCCCAGCAUCUAUUCUUAAUGAAUCUCCCAAGGGAAUGCAAUGUUCAACUUGUUAUAACCAUUGGAAGAAAACUGGCAGUUUACGACCCACUGUGGGACCCAUGAAGAGAGACAAGCAGUUAAUUAAGCAUAAAAGGCGACCCCCACGAGGCAUGCACAUUAAUCAUGAGGAUCUGAUGGCUAUGAUAUCUCCUGGACCUCCUGGUCCUCCUGGCACUCUCACACCAGGAAUGCAGCUUUUAAGACACAUGGAGAAUGAAGUCAUUGCUCUCAAACGACAGGGCUCUGGUAAACAUCCUAAUCUUCAGACUGUUAUUGCCCUUCAGAUAUCAGUCCAUCUUAUUUCCUCUUUAGAAUCACCAAGAUCUUCAACCUUGCCAGCAGUUUCAAGACGAUGA